CAGCCAGACUCCCUCCCGCUGGCGCUGAGCUGUAAUCAAGGCCCUGCUGCAGAGGGAGGCGCUGCUAUCGCUGCUGCUGCUCCGGAAAGAAGCUUUUGCCGCCCGCCCGCUCGUCCCGGCCCGUUCGGUCGGCGCUGUGCUCCGGAGCCAUGGAGCUGGCGGACGGCGUGGUGUACCAGGAGGACCCGGGCGGCCCCGGCCCGGCCAUGAUGUCGGAGCGUGUGUCGGGGCUGGCGGGCUCCAUCUACCGCGAGUUCGAGCGGCUCAUCGGGCGCUACGAUGAGGAGGUGGUGGCCGAGCUGAUGCCGCUGGUGGUGGCUGUGCUGGAGAACCUGGACUCGGUCUGCGCUCACAGCCAGGAGACCAGCGUUGAGCUGGAGCUGCUGCGGGACGACAACGAGCAGCUUCUCACCCAGUACGAGCGGGAGAAGGCGCUGCGCAAGCAGGCUGAGGAGAAAUUUAUUGAAUUUGAAGAUUCUCAAGAACAAGAGAAGAAGGAUCUGCAGAUAAGAGUUGAAGCUUUAGAGUCACAAACACGGCAGCUUGAACUGAAAGCAAAAAACUACGCUGAUCAAAUUAGCAGACUGGAAGAGAGGGAAGCAGAACUGAAGAAGGAAUACAAUGCUCUUCAUUCAAGACAUACAGAGAUGAUUCAUAAUUAUAUGGAGCACUUGGAAAGAGCCAAGCUUCACCAACUGACCGGGGGUGAUCAACUAGAGCCCAUCAUGCACAGUAGAAUUAGCAGAAAGGAGCGUCCUAUAUCACUGGGCCUCUUUCCACUACCUCCAGGAGAUGCAAUUAUUACACCUGACACUCAGAGAAGCGCAGCAGAAACUCCUGGGUCAGAUAAUUGGAAGUUCCGUGAACUAAGUCAACCACGCUCUCACACCAGCCUAAAGGAUGAACUCUCUGAUAGCCAAGCAGGUUCAAAAUCUACUACACCAAUAUCAGAUGCACCUGCGCUUGCUGAAACUCCCCUGAAUGAAAGCAGUGAAGGACUUGUGAAGAGCUCGGAUACAGGGGACAAGAAAACAGACACAGGGAAACACAUUGAAGUACAAGUAGCUCAAGAAACAAGAAAUGUAUCCAUCGGUUCUAAUGAAAAUGAAGACAAAUCUGAAGUUCAGGCAAUCAUUGAAUCCACCCCUGAACUGGAUAUGGAUAAAGACCUUAGUGGAUAUAAAGAUUCAAGCACUCCUACCAAAGGCAUAGAGAACAAGGCAUUUGAUCGUAAUACAGAAUCGCUCUUUGAAGAGUUAUCUUCUGCUGGCUCUGGUCUGAUUGGGGAUGUAGACGAAGGAGCUGACUUGCUGGGGGAAUAUUCUGACCAUAAUUUCUUUGGAAUGGGUCGUGAAGUUGAAAACCUUAUUUUAGAAAAUACACAACUGCUAGAAACCAAAAAUGCCUUGAAUGUGGUGAAGAAUGACUUAAUUGCAAAAGUGGAUGAGCUGUCCUGUGAGAAAGACGUUCUGAAAGGAGAGCUGGAAGCUGUCAAACUAGCCAAACAAAAGCUAGAAGAGAAGAAUAAGGAACUGGAAGAGGAACUUAGAAAAGCCCGAGCAGAAGCAGAAGAAGCAAGGCAAAAAGCAAAGGAAGAGGAUGAUAGUGAUAUUCCCACUGCCCAGAGGAAACGGUUCACUCGGGUGGAGAUGGCACGUGUCCUGAUGGAAAGAAAUCAAUACAAAGAGAGACUGAUGGAGCUCCAAGAAGCAGUGCGAUGGACUGAGAUGAUAAGGGCAUCAAGAGAAAAUCCAGCCAUGCAAGAGAAGAAGAGGUCAAGCCUUUGGCAAUUUUUUAGCAGGCUGUUCAGCUCCUCGGGCACCACCACAAAGAAACCAGAACCACCAGUAAAUGUUAAGUACAAUGCUCCAACCUCUCACAUUACUCCAUCGGUCAAGAAAAGAAGCAGCACUUUAUCUCAGCUACCAAGUGACAAAUCAAAAGCCUUUGACUUCCUCAGUGAAGAGUCUGAGGCCAGUCUUGCCUCACGUAGAGAGCAGAAGAGAGAACAGUACCGCCAAGUGAAAGCCCAUGUUCAAAAGGAAGAUGGCAGAGUACAAGCUUUUGGUUGGAGCCUUCCUCAGAAAUAUAAACAGAUUGUGAAUGGUGGUGGCCAGGGUGAUAACAAGAUGAGGAAUUUACCUGUGCCUGUUUACUUGAGACCUCUUGAUGAAAAAGAUACAUCCAUGAAGCUGUGGUGUGCAGUAGGAGUUAACUUAUCAGGAGGGAAGACAAGAGACGGAGGUUCCGUGGUUGGUGCCAGCGUCUUCUACAAUGACGUGGCAGCUCUGGAUGCCCACAGCAACAAACAAAGAAGUGCGUCUCAGAGUAGCCUGGAUAGAUUAGAUCAGGAACUCAAGGACCAGCAGAAAGAACAGAAAAAUCAGGAGGAACUAUCAAGCCUUGUUUGGAUCUGUACUAGCACCCACACUGCCACAAAAGUGAUCAUUGUGGAUGCUAACCAGCCAGAAAACAUCCUAGACAGUUUCAUUGUGUGCAAUUCUCAUGUACUUUGUAUAGCUAGUGUGCCAGGGGCAAGGGAAACUGACUAUCCUACAGGAGAGGAAGGGUCACAAGAAACCGACUCUGCUCUGGUGGACAAGUCAUCUUUGUGUAGCAGUAUGAACAGCAACAGCUCCGCAGAAACAGACAGUCUGUUAGGAGGAAUCACAGUAGUUGGUUGUACUGCAGAAGGCAUCACGGGGCCGCCUGCUUCCCACAACACCAAUGGUGCCUCACCUGAGGCAGAUAAACAGCCAGAUGUUGCUGCUGAAGACAACGAUGCUGUAGAUGAAAAUGUCCAGACAGCAGAGGAAGCAACAGAGGCAACAGAAGUCAGUGCUGGUUCAGGAGAAGAAGGAGUGGAUGUUGUCCAAACUGGAGUCUACACAGAGCAUGUUUUCACAGAUCCUUUGGGAGUUCAGGAUACUGUGGAGGGUUCUCCAGCAUAUCCACCUUGUAAUGAAUCCGACUUGUAUAAAGAUGUUGCUGUAUUGCCAAAUGAGCAGGAUCUCGUCAAAGAAGAAGCUCAGAAAAUGAGCAGCCUUUUACCGACUAUGUGGCUUGGAGCACAGAAUGGAUGUUUAUAUGUUCAUUCUUCAGUGGCUCAGUGGAGGAAAUGUGUCCAUGCAAUUAAACUUAAAGAUUCUAUACUCAGUAUAGUACAUGUAAAAGGAAUAGUAUUAGUUGCACUAGCAGAUGGAACUUUAGCAAUAUUUCACAGAGGAGUAGAUGGGCAGUGGGAUUUGACCAACUAUCACCUUCUAGAUCUGGGCCGACCUCAUCAUUCCAUCCGAUGUAUGACUGUGGUACAUGAUAAAGUCUGGUGUGGUUACAGGAAUAAAAUCUACGUGGUUCAACCCAAAGCCAUGAAAAUAGAGAAAUCCUUUGAUGCACAUCCGAGGAAAGAGAGCCAAGUAAGACAGCUGGCCUGGGUGGGAGAUGGAGUGUGGGUAUCCAUCCGCUUAGAUUCCACACUCCGUCUUUAUCACGCGCACACAUACCAGCAUUUGCAAGAUGUGGACAUUGAGCCCUACGUUAGCAAAAUGCUCGGGACUGGAAAACUGGGAUUUUCAUUUGUGAGAAUCACAGCUCUUAUGGUAUCCUGUAAUCGGUUAUGGGUUGGGACAGGAAAUGGUGUCAUCAUCUCCAUACCACUAACAGAAACUGUAAUCCUCCACCAGGGACGUUUACUGGGGCUGAGGGCUAAUAAAGCAGCAGCAGGUUCCAGCAACCGGCCAGGCAGUGUAAUACGGGUCUAUGGUGAUGAAAACAGUGACAAAGUGACACCGGGAACUUUCAUACCUUAUUGUUCUAUGGCACAUGCACAGCUUUGUUUCCAUGGGCACCGUGAUGCCGUUAAAUUCUUUGUUGCAGUCCCUGGUCAGGUUAUUUGCCCUCAGCCAGGAGGAAGUCCAGAUCUAUCAGGUGAUAAAACGACGCUCGCUGCACAGGAGUCCACCAGCCAAGCUUCUUUGAAAUCUAUGUUGGUCAUAAGUGGAGGAGAAGGGUACAUUGACUUCAGGAUGGGUGAUGAAGUUGGUGAAUCUGAACUCCUCGGAGAGGCACUACAACUUGAGCCUUCUGUUGCCAAAGCUGAAAGGAGCCACCUGAUUGUGUGGCAAGUAAUGGGUGGCAAUGAAUAACACACCCCAGCCCUGUGGAAAGCAGCUCGAGACUUCGAAAACCUUUUGCAUGUCAUUGGUUUUCGCUUUAUUUUUUGUGAAACCCAUUUCACUGAUACAGUUGGAGCAUUCCUUUGCCAUUUGGCUUUAUGUCACACAUGUCUCCAUCCAUAACAGUACCGGAAUUGGCUCAUGCUGUUUUACUGCAUCAAUGUUAUGUAGCAAGAACAGAUCUGUUUUCCCCAAGCAAACCGAAGCUCUGCAUCUUUACCGUAUUGCAUUGUCUCUGUCUGUAGAAGAAUUUGUUUCAUUUGGCAGUGUCACUUUUCUACCACAAACUAAUUUUUAAAUGUCAGAACAUCUUUUGUUCAUCUGCACAACAUUUAUUAAGUAAAACAGCAAAGUUAUGUUCAGCUAAGUAUUUUUUAAAAUAUCAGAUGAAUUAUAAUCAAGCUUCAUUCUGUACAUUCAACGAGGGCUAAAACAAGAUAAAUCUUUCCGUGGUCAUUUCUAAAUCCCACCGGUCUUGUUUACCCUGCUGUGCUGAAUGUCUUUUGCUCAUAUCAAGAUCCUGAAGAAGGCAGAAGUGGUUAUGGAGACACAGAACAAUUAUAACUUAUUUCAUGAUGAAUUACUAUCACAUAUGAAAUGAGAGAAGUUCUGUCUCUUGAUGAUGGGGGUUCUGUUUUUGGUGGGGAGACUUUCUAAUGAUUUCUUUCCUUUUAUAUUGGAACUUUUAAAGUCAUCUCAAAGGAGAGGUUUAGAAUGAUUUUCAAACUUUUUUUUUUUUUGCUUCUUGAGCAGAGGUCAAAUUGUUUUUGGCACACCUUCCAUCUUGGACCUUAGCUGGUCAGUUUCAUAGUCCCUUGUGAAGAAGAACUCAACAGUAGCAGAAAAUCAGCAGAGAAUCCAACAGCUCAUAUUACUGGGGGGAGGAGCCCUUAUGAAGCCUAAAUUCAUUGCUUUUUUCAUAGACCAUUUAACCAAUGAAGCUCUAUAUGCCAUUUUUCUUCUUUGAACAGAAUAAGCAACAGAUUGGCAGUUACUUGUAUUUAUGUAGUCGCAUUACUUUAAUUGGAGAAUACCACCGUACAGGGUCUGAGUUGGAGUAUACCAAGAAAUAACCUCAUACAACUCAUUCUUGGGUUGAGUCACCUCUUUUCACCCUAGUUGUUGACGUAACUCAGUUAAGUGCUACACUUUUUAAUUCCCUAAAGGAUAUAAAAUCCUCCCAAUAUUAUUUCAUAUCUUGGAAAGUAUGAAUUAAAAUGUUAUUACUGAGCGAGUGCCCUCCAAGAGACUGGGGCUAUUCUUAUUAGAUGGGAACUAAUAACAGAGUUUAAAUGACAAAAGUUCAAAAGUAUUUAAAAACACAAGAAAGAAAAAAGAAAACUAUCUUGAGAAAUUGUCUAAACGUUUUAUGCAAUAGGAGCAAUUUAAUAUCUGUUGAGGAAACAUGUAUUUAUAUACACACACACAUUAAUUUUUUAAAACAUGGUAAGCUGAGGUCUAUUGUAUAAAUAUUUAUUUAGACAGCUUUUUUAAAAAAUGUGGAUCUUAACCUGAUGAAAUUCAGUAAAACUCCAUUCAGGUCUCUCAGUUAUAGAUUUAUAUGUAUAAAUACUUUUUAAGAGCAUAUUUUGUACACAACUGACUGGUUCUGGUAAGUAUGUAUUUAGACCAUCAUUGUGGUUAAAAACCACUGAAUGUCUUAUACCUUGGUAGUAAUUUUUUUUCCUCUGGUAUGCCAAAAGCAAUGAGUGAUCACAGCUUACUCUCAAAAUUUUUAGCUUAACUGAACUGUUCUUAGAAAAUUCAGAAAAAAGCAUCUAAAAAGGAGCAUGUAGCUUUUGGUCCUUUUUUUUCAAACCGCAAUCACACAUACACUAAACUUACGCUGCAUUGCAACUUCAAGCACUUUUUUAGAUGGGAGUGAUUAAAAAUAAAUUUGGAAAAAAAAUAAGACGCCUUCACAGCAUGUGACUCAAGACUCAUUCUGUGUUGUUCUCCAAAAUUUCCAAGCUCAUUAUGGAGCUCUUUUUAUCUUGGGUAUCCAGAUAAAAUUCUUGCUAUCUCUUUGUAGUAAUGUGAGAUAGUAAUGUCACUCUGGGCACUGCACCUCUGGCCUCCUUGCCUGAAUUGGCGUGGUUUUCAGACCUUUCACGAGAAGUUAAUUGUCACAUUUAAAUGAUUGGAAAUAGAUCCACAAGAUUGUUCCCUUCCACGCACGCACACACUUUGGGUAGUUCCUUUAUUUAAAACGACUGUGUUGUUUCUCUGAAGUGCUUCACUGCUUUCAGUCAGAUGCAUCUGGGCAGCGUGCGAAUGUCGGACUAGAUGUGUCAGAUAAACUGUGCCAUUCUGUUCUCAUUGGAUCCACUGCUGUAGACAGUAGAAGAGAUGAGACUUCAGCAGAGACUUCAGUGCUACUAUCAGUGCCAGUGAGGGACUGAACACACAUUUUCUUGCCCUUGUUUAAUUUUUAAAUGUAGCCCCUAUCCUAAGGAAUAGCCAAUUUAGAAGGUAGGAGUCACCACAAUUCACUGAGAUUUAUUCACUCCCUGUUGCUGAGCACUUUUAAGGAUAGGUGGUAAAGUGUGGUAAUCUCCUGCAUCAGAUGAUGGCCUAAGAACUCAGUCUUGAGAAUGUCUUAUGUCAGUGGUGGCAAACCUAUGGUACUCCAGAUGUUCAUGGACUACAGUCCCAUCAGCCCCUGCUAGGGGCUGAUGGGAAUUGUAGUCCAUGAACAUCUGGAGUGCCAUAGGUUCGCCACCACUGUCUUAUGUUAUCACAUACUCAGUUUUUAAAAAAAUCAGGAGUGGGAAUGAAUCUCUUGGUAGCGGACAGUCUUGCUAAUAGCUUGAGAGAGCAUUUCGAGCACAAAAAUAUGCAGCACAUGAUUUGUCUUGGGUAAAUGUGUCUUGCAUGGUAAAAGGCAAAACAAAAUUUAUAUAUCCGGCCAUUUUGUUAAUUUCUCAUAAAGUCUUCCUGCGUUGGAUCGAUUAGAGCUGGCAGAGCGUAGACACUUUAUCAUAGGCUGCCUUAGUAACUCAGAAUUGUUUUAUAAUCUUCUAAUAUGCUAAUUGUUCUAAAGAACACAGUGUCUUGAAGAUAAUGUGCAACUGAAUAUUUAUUUCCAUGUGAGUAUUAUGAAAGUUACCAAAGGACUGAAACUGACUCGGCGCUCUUACAAUUGACCCUGGUGCAUACAGGAUCUUGUGAAGAUCUUUAAUUUGUUUGUUUUUUUAAAUGACACAGAAUGGAGAAAACACAUUCUUUGUGGAUGCUAACUUUAUUUUUCCUAACAGGGUUAUGCCAUAUUGUAACAACCUAUGUUGCACCUCAAAACAUUGUUCUACACACUAAAUGUUUUUCUUUCCCUCUAACAGUUUCAUUACGGCACAUUUCUCAACCUUUUAAACAUGUUUUAAAACAUUUUAUGGUCUUUACUUUUUUUGGAAAUGUCUAGACACUUUACGCUGAAUCUUACUUGCCUCUGUAACCUUGAGAUUGAUACUGCAGCGUUUAACUUGCUGUCUGUUUAAACUUGAGGCUUCUUUUCUGUGAGCCAAGAAAGCUCACGUAGCAGUGAAGUUAUUUCAGUAUUUAUUAUUGAAUCCUUUGGGGUUCAGAAUGUAACUUUGUACAUGAAAUAUAUAUAUAAAUAUGUAUAUGAAACACA